CUAUACAUCAAUGCCGGCCAUUCUUAUUCUAUUGCAUUUCUCUUUAUUAUAAAUAUAUUCUUAACCCUAAACUGUUUAAUACGUGCCAUCUUUUCUUUACUUUCCAACUAUUACCACACCAUGUCCAAACGAUUCAAAAUCAAAUUCAAUGUUCCUUCCUUUCAGAUAUGUCGCUCGAAAGACCUUUCUUCUUUCCCAGGAAACCCCGUUCCUGCCAUAUACCGUCUCUCUCCCGUUAACCACAACGCACGUCAUCCCAACCUUCCUUCUCCCCAAUCGUCCAAGAUAACGUCGUCCGUUUCGCAGGGGUGCAAAAUGUGCCGUGACAAGGAGCCGUACAAAGCCAAAUCCAGAAGCCGGAAAGGCACGUCGAGCGUUCCGUCGAGGCGAAGCGAUUUUCUGAUCGACAACGUCGAGGAAGAGGAAAGCGAGACUCUGAUUUCUUGCUUGACGAGUUUCUCCGACGAUAUUUGUCACGACGAGGCGAGGGACUUGAGAAACAGUAGGCAUAGAAGGAAGGCGAGCAGCGUGAAGAAGGUUCAGAGCGUGAGGUUUCGGAGCUCUUCGGAGAAUCGAGGAGGAGCGGGAACGACGGAGAAGGUGAAGAAAAUGUCGACGACGGUGACGCGGAGCAGUGUUGAGGGGAAGGUGAGGGAGAGCUUUGCGGUGGUGAAGAAGUCGAAGGAUCCUUACGAAGACUUCAAGAAAUCGAUGAUGGAGAUGAUAACGGAGAUGGAGAUGUCUGAGGCGGAAGACCUGGAACAGCUUUUGCAGUGUUUCUUGGCUUUGAACUCGCGGAGUUACCAUGCAGUCAUCGUUAGAGUUUUCAUGGAGAUAUGGCAACAAAUGUUCGUGUGGAACCCAAAGUCCGUGAAAAAUCUCACGGACGUUAAAACUGAUACGGAAAAGUAAAUUGUGCUUUGUUUAAGGUUACUUUAUAUGUGAAUGAGUUAGUCUUAGGAUGUUUGAUUUGUUUUUGGAUUGAAAAUUUAUUCAUAUACACCUUUUAUUUAGUCUGCUUCAAUUCUAGUCAGAGAAAUAUUAUGAAAA